CGGAAGACUCCGCCCAUUCGACACUCAAUCAGCUGUUUAUGACAUAUAAGUUGUUUUUAUAAGACAAGAGAUCCGUCGGUAAUAAUCCGUACGACACACGACUCUGACCACACAUUUUGUUACCGUAAUUAGUGAACCAAUUGGUUUGUAAUGCCAAAGAAGUUGGGCAUCAAUAGCAAGUCGGUUGAGGCCAAAGCCCGAAAGGAUGCCAUYAAACAGGCAAAGGACGAGGCAGUUGAACGACAAAAAGAGGACGAAUUCUGGAAAGACGACGACAAACAUGUGACAAGAAAAUUGAACAGAAAGGACGAGAAAGAGAAGAAGAAGCAGGAAGUGAUGGACAGAAAGGCGACAAAUAGAGCCGCUUAUGUCGAAGAGAUGGACCAAUUGAAAGGCAAAAAGAUUGCCGAACCUAAGCCACAGAAAGUGAGCCGAUUUGAUAUAAACGAAAAACUGGAGAAACAAAAUCAAGAGAAACAAAAUGAUAACAAAGAGCCGACAGUCACUGAACUGCCCAUMGAAGAGAAUGUCAACAGAUUGGUGGCCGACGAUGACGGCAACGCCAGAAGUGUCGAAGACGCUAUUGCUCUUCUCAGUACUAAGGAUGAUGAUGUGGACAGACAUCCGGAGAAGCGUAUGAAAGCCGCUUAUACGGCAUUUGAAGAAAUACAUUUGGAUAGACUUAAGAAAGAAAAUCCCAAUUUAAGGCUUUCGCAGUUAAAACAGAUGCUUAAAAAAGAUUGGAUGAAAUCACCGGACAAUCCGCUAAACCAGAGAGCGAUCGCUUAUAACACAAAAAUAUGAGUGAAUAAGAUAUUCUGGUUGUUGUCCAUUGAAUGAAGUAAUCUAUCAAUUGUUUGAUUAACUGUUAAGUUAACAACAAAUACUAUAAAACUGAAAUAAUCAUAAUUAAUGUGAAUUAAUAACACAAUAUUAUAAUUGAUGGUCGCAUUAUCACCUUUAAUAUACAGUAUAUUAUACGUAUAUACCUUACAGUAAUUAUACACAGAAUAUUCUAAAGA